UGACGAAAACACAGUCAUUCAUGUCUGGCGAAGAUUCGACUGGGAAGAAUAUUCCAGAAAGGCUACUGGAAAAAAAUUCAACGUCAUAGUUUCUGGUGAUUGGGUUUUAAAUGAUUUAUAUAAUGAAUAUGAUUGGAUAAAAUACUACGAACAAGAUAUCAGAGAAUUUGGAGGCUCAGACGAGCAGGUAUCAUUAGUCAUUGGUGGUGAAGCUACAAUAUGGGGCAGACGCGUGGAUGAGACCAUUAUGAUCACUCUGGCAUGGCCCAGAGGUGCUGCUAUAGCUGAAAGAUUAUGGUCGCGAAACCCUGAUACGAAUGAAGAAUUUUCACAACGAAUCGGUGAACUUCGAUGCAGAAUGCUCUAUAACAACAUAGAAGCUCAUCCAGUCAACGGUCCAGGUUUCUGCCCAACUAAAAUUUUGAGAACAUGAACAAACUGGAGAAAGUGAAUGAAGAUUGCUACUUACCUUUUUGU